CGCCCGUUUGGAUUUGGAAGCACAGUGAGAAGGUAAGGCAGAGACGGCAAUUCAAUUCAAUUCAUUCGUUGUUGGUACGAGCGGCGCGCGAACCAACCUCAUAUAUUGUAUUUUCCGCAUUCGCAUUGAUACGAUACCAUACUGUGUGCUGUGUACUGUGUACUGUAUAGCAUAUAUACCAUACCACACCAACAAAACACAAGCGAUACGAUACGAUACAAUAAACUCAGCGUAUGCAGCGCUGUUUGUUUAUUUUUUACAAGCUAAAUACAAACGACAAAACAAAUCCGCAAAGCCGCCCGCGUUUCGCGUUUUCCCAACCAAAAAAACAAAUAAAAUCAAACAACAAAUAAGCGAAAAAGGCCUAGACAAAAAAAAAGAAGUACAAAAAAACAACGUGCAUUGUGAAAUUCUUAAAUUUUCGAAUUUCAUUUCGAAGUUUUGGCUUGUGCCGUGUUCCUUUUUUUCCUUGUAACGUGCAUCAUACAUUCGCGUUUGUGGCCGUACAUGCAUACAUACAUGCAAUAAUCAAUACAAUACGACGUACAACAAACUGCGUAGAACAGUAUUAAAAAAAGGAAAACAGACAAAAAAACUGGCUUAAGACUCGACUCCAAUUUGCGUUGGUGAAUAAAAGUGAAAGAUAUAGAACGGAAAUCCCAGUAUAAAGCCAAUCCACGAUUGAAACAUUCGGACUAGAUCCGAAAUCUCACAGUUAUGGAACACUUUCAUCAAAUACAGCAAUUGGCUGCUCAGCAACAACAACAAGUACAACAGCAACAGUUGCAACAACACCAGGUGGUCGUCCAGCAGAAUCAGCAGCAGGCGCACCAGAACAGCUCCAAUACCACAGCCGGCGUGGGCACCCAACAGCUGUUCACAUACAAAAUGGCCAGCAGUUUUCCGAAUCCGGCCACGACGAUGGCCCAAGUGGUGGCCACAUCGAACGCAGCCGGCACCACGGGCUAUGAUUAUCGUCUAAAUAUGGCACAGGCAGCCGCAGCAGCAGCCGUACCCGGCUCCCAGUGGUGGUAUUCGGCCGCCAAUCAGGGACAGGUCGAUGCCAAUACAGCGGCGCAACUGCAGCACCAGCAGCAGCAACAGCAACAGCAACAACAGCAGCAGCAGCAACAGCACCAGCAGCAACAACAGAUGCAACAGCAGCAGCAGCAACAGAAUGUCAUCAAUUCGGCGAGCCCCAUGAGCAGAGUCAAGGCCGAUGCCAAGCCCAGAGGCCGAAUGACCGCCUACGCAUACUUUGUACAAACUUGCAGAGAGGAGCACAAAAAGAAACAUCCCGAUGAGACGGUGAUAUUCGCCGAAUUCUCGCGGAAGUGCGCCGAACGGUGGAAGACAAUGGUGGACAAGGAGAAGAAGCGCUUCCACGAAAUGGCCGAGAAGGACAAGCAGCGAUAUGAGGCGGAAAUGCAGAACUAUGUGCCGCCCAAGGGAGCGGUUGUGGGACGCGGCAAGAAGAGGAAACAGAUCAAGGACCCCAAUGCUCCAAAACGUUCAUUGUCUGCGUUCUUCUGGUUCUGCAAUGACGAGAGAAAUAAGGUGAAGGCACUUAAUCCCGAGUUCGGAGUGGGCGACAUCGCCAAAGAGCUGGGACGAAAGUGGUCCGAUGUGGAUCCCGAGGUCAAGCAGAAGUACGAGUCGAUGGCCGAGCGGGACAAGGCUCGAUAUGAACGCGAGAUGACCGAGUACAAGACGAGCGGGAAAAUAGCCAUGUCCGCACCGUCGAUGCAGGCGUCGAUGCAGGCGCAGGCACAGAAAGCCGCGUUACUUGCCGCCGCUGCCCAGCAGCAGCACCAGCAGCUGGAAGAGCAGCACGACGACGACGACGGCGAUGGAGAUGAUGACGAGAACCAAUAGGUUUAGCAGUAAAUACUCUUCACUAUUUAUACACACGAUCGUUGUCGCGAUGGAGGAAAGAAACAUGAUAACGUUGGUUGAUCUAUUAUCAGGUUGGCCAAUGUGUGUUGAAUAUAAAUUUAUAUAUAUAAGGGUGUGCCCGCUUUAGAGGUUUCGCUUUCCGGUAACAGAACACCGUCACAAUUUGUUCAGAAAUUUGUCUGGAAAAGUUAAUAUCAAUCGUAUUUUGAUCAAAGAAUAAGUUAAAAAUCAUGGUGGAAUGGUUAAUCUUUUUUUUUUUUUUUUUUUGUAUUCUUUUUAAGCAGUGCGCAUAGAGCUCUUUUGAAUCUCUUUUUUCCUUUUUUUUUUUGCAUUCAUAUUUAGCAUCUCCGUAUGAGCGGUGUAACUCUUUUGUAUUAGAAAUAUUUGUGUACCAAUCAAUGUCCAACUAAAAAUCCAACUAUCACAGAAAUCUCUUGAACUUUCAGUAGAGGUUUUCAUAGUUAAUCGAAGAGAAGAGAAACCAUUGUUCCUAGUGCAUUUCGAAAAAAAAAAAACGAAAUCUUGUGGAGAUUCUGUGAAAUUUGAGGAUUUUUUCGUGCGAUUUUCAUGCCAGCCGUGGGCAAAAUGUCUGCAGAAGAUUUCUGUGAUUGGAAAAACCAAAGCAUAAAUUGUUUUGAUUUAUUUUUUUUUCUGUGACAAUUUGAUGAUUACCUGGAAGUGGAAUCUCUAAGAAAAUCACCUAUUAUGUAUAUGUAAAUGCAUAUAUAUAAAUAAUAUAUAAUUUUUUUUUUUAACAUAAGUAAUCAAAUUUCCAUGAAUUAUGAAGAUAAAUCACAAAGAAACCUUUUAUAAGUUCUAUGUUAAGAUGAAUACGAUUAAGUAUGGUUAGAUUAAAAUGACACUCAACUGUCUGCGAACCUUAUUUGUGCUUCAGUGCUAAGUUUCUCCCUAAAGUAAUAAGAAAGAACUAUUUUAUAAAUUGAAGAAAUUCAUCAUGAUGUCAUUCGUUCUCAGCAACUAUGAAGGUUACCACUACAUUUAUAAAUAUUGGUACAUAUUUCCCAUUUAUUAAAGUUAGAUUCACCAUAAUGAAACUACAAUUAAUGCGUUCGAGUUUAUAUGUUCCCUCCCACACACGAAACAAACUCAAUGAAACGUGAUAAUGUGAAAAAUACUUAACUCAGUGGCGGGUGAUAUCUCGAUCUAUUUAUUUUUUGCCGCUCACACACACAGUACCAUAUAUCCAUAUAUAAUAUCCCCCCGCAAAAAAACAAAAUGCAUUUCAUUCAACUUACACUUACAUUUACAUUAAUUCAGUUUGCGAUUCGUGAAUCCCCCAGAUCCUUGGAGAUAAUUGGGUUUGUCCUCAUUUGUAAAUACACACAUCAACUAUAUAUAAUAGCCACGAUCAUAAGAUACGGAAAGUUAGUCUUGGUUGGUUCGGUGCGCUUCGUGAUGAGGUGGGAAGCAACCGCAACGCUGUCGUCGGACAUUGCAACAAUUGUUGUUGACUUGGCUGGCCAUGUAUAUACUAUUUGAAGUAUUAUUUAGAUGAGACUACGUAGAAAUUAACAAGAAUCGAGAGCAAAUAACGACAUCAUACAAGCCUAAUAUUAGAGUAGAUUUCAGCGGGCCUGCAAAGUAAUGUAAAUUGCGUAGAAACCUUGAAUAUAUUGUAGACUAGUUUUUUGAGGACUAGUAUUGCCCAAAAUGUUCCAGGCACAGAAACAGAAAGAGAAAGAGAAAGUGCUUAUGCAGAUGUAAAGGGAGACGUUCCUCCGGCCUUUGAUGGUUAUAGAUGGAGAUCACCCAUCCAUUGGCUGCGACGGUUGGAAGCAUGUCUUCCUUUAGAUCGCCUGUAUAAGCGGAGUAGUAGUGGUUAGAUUAUAACGUGUUAGGAGAGGAGCUGAAAUUAUAAGCCAUGGAUGCGUCGAUGGUCAGUUAACCAGGAUGCCUCUAGAUGUACGCCUAACUUCGCUCUCGCCACGUUAUGAGUGCGAGAUAUGUAUAUGCAUGUAAUUAUAUAUAUAUAUAUAUAUAUAUAUAGAUAUAUAUAUAUAAAUAUAGAUAAACAUAUACAUACAUAUAUAUUUUUUAGCAUGAUUUUGAUAGAGAAUAACUCGCCACCGAGAUUAUAUUCAUAGAAGUGUGUCUAGGUUAAACCUUUAAAUCCUAAUUUUCUACAAUUCGACGGUAAUCCAUCCCCUCUAUAUUAAUAAAUUACUAUGAAAAUUCCAGUUCCCUGUGCGCUUUGUUAUAAGAACUAAACUAUUAUGAAAUAAACUUUUAGAAAUGAGAUUCUUAUUAUUUUUUUUUUUUCUAUGGAAUGAUGAUGAUGAAUGAUGUGUUCUUCAAAACCAUUUGUCUUAAAUCUUAAUUUUUGAUUUACGCUUGGUACAUACGUAAUAGAUGAAGUACUUUUAUGUUGUUACAAAUCCCAAUAAUGAACAGCUUUAGCUUUUAUAUUUGAUAGACAACAACACUCGGUAGGAAGCGCGACACCGAGUUCCUAAAAACUUACAAUGUGUGAAUUACAUUAGCAAUACUAUAGUAGUCACUAAGUAUUUGUUUUUUUUUUUCCUAAGAAUUUACACAAUACUGUAAAAAUAGUUUGAAAUAAAUUUAAUUUAGCUAGAUUGUACGCUUGUAAAGGC